CAGUUCAAUCCAGGUGGUCGUUUAAGGCAGUUGAGUAGUUUGUGGUCGAUAGUAAAUCUCCAACCAUGGUGAGCGCUGAUGAGUUGAAUAGGGCUUUAAAAGCUUGUCGUUAUAGCUCGUUGGAUCACGAUGAAGCCAAGACCAUCGUCAAGCACAUUAAUGGGUCUAUCAGCGAAAAUAACGAAGCAGCAAUGUUCAUUGCACAGCUGAUUCACGAGAGCGGUGGCUUCCAGCAUCGCGUUGAAACCGAAAGGGGACGCGGCUACGACUAUGGAAGCACCAGCUACUACGGCCGGGGUUAUAUUCAACUGACUCACGACUACAAUUAUAGAGAUGCUUCGAGGGCCAUUUUCAAUGAUGAUCGACUGGUUAACAAUCCUGACUUGGUGUCGGAUAGUGUGGAUAUGUCGAUGCGCGUUUCGGUGUGGUUCUGGGAGAAACGCGUUCGACCAGCAGGAGGCCCUGCUAAUAAUAAUUUUGGUUUGACGACAAAAGCGAUCAACGGUGGUUUGGAGCCAGCGGGCAGUGCCGGUGCGAUGAAACGUUUUGAUCUGUACAAAAAGGUUGCCAAUGAGCUGGAAAUCGGAAAUCCAGCGAGCCAAUAAGUGAUAAGCAUCCAUGCUUAUCACAAUUCAGUUUACAUGCACUAUCAUCACUUUGCAUCAACAGAUACUUCGUUCAUUUUCUGCUUGAAAACUUCUUCAGUGUUUUGUUAU